AUGUCUCUUCCUACUAUUGGUAAACCAGCACCAGAUUUUAAAGAAAAAGCAGUACUUGAUAAUAAAGUAUUUAAUAUAUCAUUAAGUGAUUAUGAUAAAAAGUAUCUUGUUUUACUCUUUUUUCCAAUGGACUUUACUUUUGUUUGUCCAACAGAAUUAAUUGCAUUCAGUGAUCAUUUGAAUGAUUUUCAGAAAAUCAAUACCCAUGUUAUUGGUUGUGCAACUGAAAGUCAUUAUAGUCAUUUAAAAUGGUUGAAUAUGACACAUAAAGAAGGUGGUAUUCGUGGUCUUCGUAUUCCAUUGAUUGCUGAUAAAUCAAUGACAAUUGCUAAAAAAUAUGGUGUUCUUGAUGAAAAACUUGGAAUUUCCCAUCGAGCAUUGUUUAUUAUCGAUGAUAAUGGUAUCCUUCGUCAAGCUACUGUUAAUGAUUAUCAAGUUGGUCGAAGUGUAUCUGAAACUUGUCGAUUGAUUAAAGCUAUUCAAUAUGCAAGUAGAUUACGUGAAAGUACAUCAAAACAAAAUUUUCUUGAAGUGCCGGCAUCAAGUAUCCAGAGAUUGCGAACGUUGAAUAGUUUAGGAAGGAAUGUUCUUCAUGAACUCACUGAAUAA